AAAACAAUGAAAAUUAGUACCUAAUUAAUAUAUGGUGCUGAGAGAUCAAAGUGCUCCCAGUUUGUGUCUCCAAUCCCCCAUCUCUCUAAUGUUGCGUGUAGGAAGUAGUGUAUGAAUUAAGUGCCCAUGACCUUUUCUGUAACUGGAAGAAUCAUUGGAAUUGGAGGGGGAAAUGGUAUAGUGCACAUAUACAGUAUGUGAAAUUUAUGGACUAUACACGUGUGUUUUUAAUUGCAUUUUGUUGCCAGCCUCCUUGGGGACCUCGGUGUGGGUUGAAAUGCAGGACAGAAUUUUAAUGAAUAUUUUUCAUUGGCCUAGGUGCAUGUUGGCCUGCAUCCUAAAAAGAGCCCUGCUAGAUGAGAUCAAAGACCCAUCUAGUCCAGCAGACUCUCCUAGCAGGAUAUUUUUGUUUUCCAACAGCUGAUAAUCAGAGAUGUUGCUGCUGAUCCUGGAGGAAGUGUGCAGCCAUGAUUAAUGGUCACUGGUACCCUUAUACUUCAUGAGUUGGUCUGCUUAUAUGUAAGAUACAUGUGUGUAUAGCCCUCUAUGCAAGUCCUGUUUCACAUAAGGUUCUUCUACAUAUAUGAAGCAGGCCUAAAAGAGAUGCAAUAUAUGGUUAGAAGAAUUAUGAAUGAGAAGAAACCUUUCCAGAUGAUACACAGUUGACUGAAAAGCCACAUGGAGGCUAGUAAUUCACAGACUGGUACCAGGAUGGAAAGAGGAUUAUGUCAGGAUUAUGGUCCAUGCUUUUUCUCUGGGGGUGCUCAAGGGUACACAGUACUGGCACCUCCCCCCCCCCAUGUUAAAAGUGUGGCACUUAAUGUAACAACUUCAUUGUGAGUACCGGCACUCUUUUUCUGGGGGUUUUCCUGUUGUUAUUCUGUCUCUCACAGCUACAAUAAUCCUACCAUUAAAAUUAUGGACUGGUCAUUUCUUCAUCAGAGGACAAACGGGCAAAUUUAGCAGGGGGUCAAAUACUCCCCCCCCCACUGUAGUCAUGCUGGCCGCAUGACCCAGAAAGCUGUCUGGAUAAACGCCAGCUCCCUCAGCCUGAAGCGAGGUAAAGAAGGAGCCCAAUUUUCUACUGCCUGGGUCUUACUGAGCGUCCUCCUAGGAGCUCUAGCCAUGCUGUGUAAAGAACAAGGAAUCACAAUACUGGGUUUGAACGCUCUUUUUGAUGCUGUGAUGAUUAACAAGCUCAAUAUUUUGGAAGUUCUUUUGAAGAUACUACGCAAGGACAAGUCGCUGGAGAGCCUAGUGGUGUUUAGAAAAGGACUUCUGUUCAGGAUGACUCUUCUGUUAUCUGGAGGAGCCACCAUGCUGUAUGUGCGCUGGCGGAUUAUGGGCACAGGACCACCGGCAUUUACUGAAGUGGAUAACCCAGCUUCAUUCGCAGACAGUAUAUUUGUGAGGGCUAUAAACUAUAAUUACUACUAUUCGUUGAAUGCAUGGUUGCUGCUGUGUCCCUGGUGGCUGUGUUUUGAUUGGUCAAUGGGCUGCGUGCCCCUUAUUAAAUCAGUCAGUGACUGGAGAAUAAUUGCACUAGCAGUUCUUUGGUUCUGCCUAAUUGCUCUGAUGUGCCAAGCCUUGUGCUCCGAAGACAGCCAGAAGAGAAGAAUCCUGACAUUGGGUUUGGGAUUUCUCAUCAUCCCUUUCCUUCCUGCAAGUAAUCUGUUCUUUCGAGUUGGAUUUGUUGUUGCAGAAAGAGUAACCUACCUCCCGAGUAUUGGCUAUUGCAUGCUGAUUACAUAUGGAUUCAGUCUAUUGAGCAGACAAGCUAAAAAAAAGAAAUUUCUUGUUGCUGCUCUGCUGGGCCUCUUGUUGGUAAAUGUGUGGCGUUGUGUUAUCCGCAGUAACCAGUGGAGAUCUGAAGAACAACUUUUUAGGAGUGCUUUGUCUGUGUGUCCACUGAAUGCAAAAGUUCAUUAUAACGUUGGCAAAAACCUGGCUGAUAAAGGCAACCAAACAGCUGCAAUCAACUAUUACAGGGAGGCUGUCAGAUUGAAUCCUAAAUAUGUGCACGCUAUGAACAACCUGGGAAAUAUCUUGAAAGAAAGGAAUGAACUCCAUGAAGCUGAAGAGCUUCUGUCACUAGCUGUGCAAAUACAGCCUGAUUUUGCAGCAGCAUGGAUGAAUCUGGGAAUAGUGCAGAAUAGCUUAAGAAGGUAUGGAGAAGCAGAGCAAAGCUAUUGGACUGCAAUUAGACACCGAAAAAAAUACCCAGAUUGUUACUAUAAUUUAGGACGUUUGUAUGCUGACCUCAAUCGCCACAUAGAUGCAUUGAAUGCAUGGAGAAAUGCCACUGUUCUGAAACCACAACACAGUUUGGCUUGGAACAACAUGAUUAUAUUGCUUGAUAAUACAGGUAACUUAGCACAAGCUGAAGCUGUUGGAAGAGAGGCUUUGGAGUUAAUACCCAAUGAUCAUUCUCUUAUGUUUUCACUGGCAAAUGUUCUGGGGAAAUCACAGAAAUAUAAGGAAUCUGAAGCUUUGUUCCACAAGGCAAUUAAAGCCAAUCCAACUGCAGCCAGUUACCAUGGUAAUUUGGCUGUGCUGUACCAUCGCUGGGGAAAUCUUGACUUAGCCAAGAAACACUAUGAAAUCUCUCUGAAGCUUGACCCCACAGCAGCUGGGACCAGGGAAAACUAUAGUCUUUUAAAAAGGAAACUGGACCAACUGAAAAAAAAAGGCGAUGUCUGAGGUUUCUUCUCAGGCUUUGAAUGCUUACUGCAUACCAUUUAUUGGCAACAUGGCUACUAAUCACCAGGGAGAAGCAUUUAGUCAUACUGUCAUUUUAAAAAUCACAACAAUAACCCAAUAAUUCUAGCACCAGCAACAAAUACUCAAAAUGUUUCAUGAAGUCUAGUAGCAGAAGUAAAUUUCUU